AUGGUACUAAUUUAUCGAGGGGAUGAAAAGAAUGAUUGCAUCGCCGCUCGCUCCAUCUCGCAACGCCGGCUGUCCCACGUACGAUGUUAUUUCCGCCUCCAAUACAGUCCUUUCUUGAAAGCUUUUAUAGGUAUGAGAUGGACUAGGUCACACGAUCGCGCGAUGGUCGUGUUUAUAUUCUGCUCGUGUUGUAUGUCGCUUAACGUGUUGUUCUCAAAAAUUCGACGCAUCCUUGAGAUUAAAGAAUUGGAGCGGACGUCCGAACGGGAAGCAGAGAUCGUAUCGCUCAUCUACUACAACUCCAGCGUCGCAGGAGGUGCUCCGUCACUUUAUUUGCUGAUUCAAUCAGAAGAUGGUGUAUUCCCUGAUGGUGCUCUAUGUGAAAGUCGAAAUGGAGGUGCUUCGUCGCUUUAUUUGCUGAUUCAAUCAGAAGAUGGUGUAUUCCCUGAUGGUGCUCUAUGUGAAAGUCGAAAUGGGUCGUCACACAAUAAAAAUAAUCUCAGGACAGUAGCGCUCGGCUCGUCGAAUGUUCUCAUCGGGAUUUGUGAAACUGCCGCUGAACCUUUUGAGAUCUCUGUGCGCUUAGAUGACUUUAAUGUAGCCGUAAGUUCCGGUAAUUCAUUUUAG